GCUGCAUUAUGGACUGUGAACACACCAUAUGCUACGAAUGCUCAACAAGACUGAGAGUUCUGUGUGAAAAGCUGGAAUGUCCGAUUUGUCGUCAGGAAACAACAAUUGCGGUGUUUUCGCGCGACAAAGGCUCGUUCCGGUCGCUCUUCAUGCGCGCGCUGUACAACGAGGACAAGUACAAGCUGGCGCUGGAGGACGAGGCGGUGCGCCGAGCCUUCGCGGGCCUGCUGGCGCACAACUGCCCCGUCUGUCCGCAGCGGCGCGGCUUCGGCACGUUCAAGCAGCUGAGCGACCACGUGCUGCGCGAGCAUCAGCUCAUGUACUGCGACCUGUGCGUGGGGCACCUGAAGAUCUUCACAUCGGAGCGGAAGCUGUAUAACCGGGAGCGUCUGGCGCUGCAUCGGCGCAAGGGCGACCCGGACAACUCCUCCCACCGCGGCCACCCGCUCUGCAAGUACUGCGAAAAACGGUACGUGGACAACGACGAGCUGUUCCUGCACCUUCGGCGGGACCACUUCUACUGCCAUCUGUGCGAGGCUGACGGCGAGCAGAUCUUCUACGACGACUACAGCCACCUGGCGGAUCACUUUCGCGAAGAGCACUUCCUCUGCGAGCAGGGCGAGUGUCUGGAGAAGAAGUUCAUCGUCUUCAGGACCAAUAUCGACCUGCAAGCGCACCGCGCCACGGCCCACUCGGACAACAAGAGCCGCGCGCAGCAGCGCCAGGAUCGGGUGCUGACGCUGGAGUUCAGCGCCGAGCAGGGCGGCCGCCGCCGGCGCAACGACCGCUACGGCGACGCGCGCAACGACAGGAGGGAGCAAGGCGCCAGGGCCCACUCGCCGCCGCCGCCUCCUCCGCCUCUACCGCCGCAGCAGGCGCCGCCGAUGAACACAAGCAGCACGCAGGAGUUCCCGACUCUGGGCACGGGCGCGGCGGAAGGCGCUGAGAUCAGCGGCAGGGGCGGCAGCUUGGCACAGCGCGUGGCGAGCGCGGCCGGCCUCACGGUCAGGUCGGGCCCGGCGCGCGCGCGCGGCCGGCCCUGGGACAACCGACCCGUCACCGACGACUUCCCGUCGCUGGCGCCGGUGGCGCCGCACGGCAACUUCCGCAACUACUCGGGCGUCGACGGUGUCAGGCCCCCCGCGAAGUCGGCCUGGGCCACGGACAACCGGCCGACGCCGGCUGCCAGCGGCGCUACCAGCGGCGCUGCCAGCGGCGGCGGGGCGAAGGGCAAGAAGAAGAAGAAGCGGCCGGCGGCCGGCGAGGGCGGCGCCGAGGCCGGCCGGCAGAACGGCGUCAGCACCGCCGAGAGCGUGGAGGUGCGCAAGGCGACGGCGGCGGUGAACGGACUGUCGGUGGCGCCGCGGCCGCCGCCCGGCCUGCCGCCGCCGGGCCUGGCCGAGCCGACCGCCGGCUCCCGGCACGGUGGCUUCGAGUACCAGCGGCCGGAGAACUUCACGGCGCGCAACGGCCGCCUGGUGCUGCAGGCGCGCGAGCUCAUCCAGUCCGAGCAGGGCCUGGACGCCUUCAAGACCCUGUCGAAGACGUACCUGGGCGGCGGUCUGUCGGGCGAGGAUUACUACGCCAGCUGCAUGACCCUCAUGGGCAACGACAAGUUCGGCAAGGUGUUUCCCGAGCUGCUGGUGCUGCUGCCCGACAUCAGUAAGCAGCAGGAGCUGCUGGCGGCCCACGAGAAGCUGAACAAGAACGGCUUCCAGCGCAACAAGUUCCCGGCGUGCCCGACCUGCUCGCAGGUGCUGGUGUUCGCCGACUUCGCGCAGCACACGUCGCGGCACUGUCAAGACGGCGACUUCCCGGCUCUGUCCUGAGGUCGCGCGC